CUUGCCGUGCGGGUGCCCGCCACCGGAGAAGAACGACAGAAAAUGGCGAGUCAGUGUAAAAGGCAGCAAUGCUCCAUCGACAGGCGCGGCUUUCGGCAGGAACUUGACUCUUGGCGGCACAAACUCAUCCACUGUGUAGGUUUUGAGAGCAUUCUUGAAGGUCUCUUUGGCUCAGAGCUGGUAGAAGACCUACAGGUAUUUAAGGAUUUGGAGCCUGUAGCAGGGUCUGACUGGUCAUUUGAUGAAAAUUGUUUAUUCUGCUGUUUUAGACGAGAUAAAGUAAAGGAACACUUGAUUGGCUUAAGUAGUGAGGAGAGUCUCCAAGAUCCGCUCAAACCUCUCCUGGUGAAAGAUCAGACCACCAUCAGCAGAUUAGAGAAGCAAGCAGAGGAAUUUCUAAAUGCAGUCCUUUCUAAUAAAGACGUGCCAAGUUUCUCCGACCCACACAUCCCAGUAGUGGCGCGAGAGAUCCUCCAGAGAAUGAUCCGACAGUUUGCCACCGAAUAUACCUCAAAAACCAGCCCUCCUCAGGAUAGUAGCUCAGAACCCCAGCCAAGCUCUGACCAAAGUCCGAAGACCCCAGCCAUGAGUUCUGGGGUUCCAACCAGCAGCCCGUCUGCCGUCAUAGCGGGGCCCGCGCACAGUCACAACCCCGUCCUUAGCAAGCUCCUCAUGGCGGACCAGGACGCCCCUCUUGACCUCACAGUCAAGAAAACCCAGUCUGAGCCCAGUGAGCAAGAGGGAGUCCUUGACUUGUCCAUCAAAAAGAGUCGCCAUAGCAGCAGUUUGCCAGACCACAGUCCAUGCCUUUCUCCUAAGGUGUCCACAAUCAAGGGUGAGUGUGCAGUCUUGCCUAUUUCAAAGGCAAAAGAGCUGCAGUCCACCUCGACACUGGAACAGUUCAUGGCCAAACUCUGCCGCCACCAUCAGAGACAGAUUGUCGACGCCAUAGGUUUCUUACAGACGGAGGUCAAGGCACUGGCGUCUUUAAAGACACAGCAAACUAAUAACUCCAUUUCUGAAAGGGAACAGGGAACAACCUGCUCCACCCCUGUAACCACCCCUGAGAAGUCAUCCUUUGAGUUUAGGAUUUCUGCUGAAUCCACGCCCAAAUCUCAAAUCCUGGAUAUGUCCUCUUCUAUCCAAAGCAAUAAUGUGACGGAAAAUAUUCCAGAGACUGUAGUUCCAUUGACGUCUGUUCCUGCUAGCCCUGUGUUGGAUCUUCAUAGGCCUGAAUCCGGGAGCAACGAGACUUUGGUCACCCCUGCAGGCACUGACGGCAACCGUCAAGGUGACCAUGCUCCUCUUAAGAUGAAAAUUAUGAAAAGCACUAAUGUCGCUGCUGGUAAGAAGUUAUCUUGUGUGCUGACAACCUCCCUAGCAUCUGACUCUGGUACAUUGGAGCCCAGACAAAAUAACUCGAAUUUAUCCAACAGGACAGAGACACAAAGUGCUAGACUAAGCUCCUCACUGAAAAGACAUAAUCUGCUAAAUCACUCGCCUUCUGCGAGACCGAGAGGGGCUAUGUGGCGUACCAAGGAUGUACCAAUGAAAGAGUUUUCCCUUCCUGUGGCUAAUACUGCAGAAUCACCACGAACUGCCAGGAAAACCAUCCGCCCAUCCACCCAUCAACAAAGUAGACAUGCUCCUUAUAGGAUGGUUGAUCCUGAUCUUGGCAACUGCGACAUUGUUUACAUUGACAAACCUAUUACAGAAUGCUUCAAAGAACAACAGCGUAACUUGCUUCCCCGCCGCAACGCCCGGAAAAGCACUAGGGGACAUUUGUACACAGAUGAAAUUUGGGAGUUAAAAACUGUUCGCACGUUGGCAGGAAGGGGCAACUGUCCUAAUCCGAUGCCAGAGUUGAUCACAUUGGUAACUCCAAAACAGGUUCUUUCAAAGCCUGAAGGUGUCCCCCCAGUGGAUAUGCCGUUUGCUGGAGCGUGUAGAGAGACAAUGAGUGAGCAAAUGUCCUCAGAAGAAUCUGACGAAAGGGUAAUACCAGGAACAGGUGACGUGGUGGAGGUAGCAGCUCAUGAAGCAGACAUUAUAGUAGAAACCAGUCAAACCGAUCAGUGUCAGAACAAGUUAGAGACCCCUCAACCUAUAAGGCCACAAUCUGAGAACGUACAAACAAAUAUUAGCACAGAUGAUCUCCAAUUACAAGAGCAAACAUCUUCUGAGUGCAAGAAAACAGCGGAAGGUCAUGAAAAUGUUGAAUUUGAAGCACAAAAGGAAAAAGAGCCUGAACCUCAACAAACCGAAGCAACCACAACAGUAGUGUCCGAAACAACAGUCGAACCAUCAGAGGAAGUCAACACAGUAGAAGCUGAAGUUGAGAUUCUGUGUAAUAAAAUACACGACAGUGAGGCUACACUCCCCUCAAGCAGACAAUCACCAAUGGAUCUGGAAAAGGAGAACGAGAAAGACAAUGACAGACCCCAGGAACCGAUACCGGAGGAACAGACAUUCUCUGAUAACUAUGAAGCGACUGAAAAAUCUUUGACCUCAGAAUUAGUCAAGGAGAAGGUGUCGACUGAGCAACAAAGUACAGCAGAUGAAAGUGAUGUGCCUGUAUCAACAUUUGAAGAAGAUGAAUAUGACCUUUCCUCAAAGACAAUGGAUACACUCCUGAAGGAAUUACCCCCUUGGCGUAGGAAAAGAGGCACCGUGAUCUCUAUGCCAAAGAGGUUGCGUCAGUUGGAGACAGUGAUCGUCGGCUAUGUUAAUGGGAGACCCAUAUCAGCCUCUGACAGGAGUCUGCGCCGUAGAUUAAACAGUGGCACACCACCCACUAAAACCCCAGUAAAACAAAGCCAGAAAGUUCCCAAAAAAGACAAAGCUGACUUUCUAGAAACCAUGAACCUAGAACCAAAUACAACUGAAGCAGUCGUAUCCACAGAAUCCAUUGUGACCACACCUGAACUUCCUUUAGUGGCAGCUUCGGAGAUACCUGAAAACCCUAAAGUUAAGAUAUCCCCCAAAUCCAAACCAAUCCAAAAUCAAGACCAGAAAGUUGAGCUAGUUGUUUCCGGCACUGAAACCAAACGACAACUAAGGUCAGCCAUUCAGAAAAAUUCUGAAAAUCUUCUGUCAGAUUUUUCUCUGAAUUCCGUCACAACAGCUACUUCAUCCCCUCCUUCCCCUGAAGCCGUGCCCCCCAUUUCUCCUCCUUUGAUAUGUUUGACUUCACCUGCAGUUCCUGAACAGGCUUCACUGAGCCAAGAGACAUUGUUGGAGGUAAACGGUGAAAAAACUCAAUCAACAAUCAGCAUUUCAGAAGAAGUCCAAAGUAUCUCAGUCCAACAAAAGUUAAGAUCGUCAAAGAUCGUAGAAGAAGAAAUUCAAAACGAGACUCAGGAUGAUGUGGGGUUAUCAUGUCCAUUGGAGGAUGAGACUGAAAUGCAAAAAAGGGUGACGCCAUCAAAAGGAAAAAGGGUUCUCAUAAUGGAACCUUCAACAGAAACACAGAAACCAAAUGCAGUAUCUUUACAGAAACAUAUUGCAAGUUCACCAGGAGUUGACAAGCCCACGAGAAUGCCACUGAGGAGUGAGAGCAGUAAGGCCGACACUACCUCCCAACCUGUCCUCCAGGACAACAAAAAGCUCUCUUUGCGAUCCCAGAGGUUGGUUUCACCGUCUUCCAGUGUGCUCCCUGUAUCUGGAAAGAACACUGACGCGGUGUCACCUACCAGAACACCUCCAUCAAAAACUCAUAUCAGGUCAUCUCCAUCAACAUCUGUUCUGCCUCGGAGCUCAGCCUCUUCUGUCAUGUCACCAAGACUGGAACCACGAAGACAGACCAGCAAGUUCUUGGAAGCACUGAAUGGAGAAGAAAAUCAACAACUGCUCACCGACUUGAACCUCAAAUAUGAAAAGAUGCAGAAAGGCUGGCUGCAAAUGGACAGAGAUGGUCAGCCAGCAGCAAAAUAUAAAAACAAAUCAGACAGACAAGCAGCUAUAUGGAAGAGUAAACGCAGGGCCCGCAAGCCAAAGACUUUAGAACCACAGAAGUAUUCACCAGUUCAAAUGCUCUUCACCAAGGACUUUAAUCUUUCCAGUAUUUGUCGCUGGUUCCUGGAAUCAACAGAAACCCAGUCGCUUGUCAUUGUAAAGAAAAUAAACACACGUCUUCCGUCGGAAACUCAGCUGUGCUUCCACAGCUCGUCCAAUUCAUCGGGGGUCUCUCAGGGCGUUUUUCCAAGCUUACAGGCGGAACGCUUAAAGAAACACUUGAAAAAAUUUGCCAUUGCCUCUCCUGUAAAAAGUAACCCCAAGAGUCAGAAACUCAUUGCAAAAACACUGGAGCAAGAAACCUCAUUGAUCAAAGGCAAAGAGAGACGAGAACUUCCCAGCGCCGCUCAAACCAAUCACACGCACGCAAGACUGGAUGCUGGUGGACACACCAACGAAUCUCAGAAACCUCCUGCUAAGCCAAAGAAUCCGGCCAGUGCCAGGAUUUUGAGGAAAUACUCCAACAUUAGAGAAAAGAUGCACGUCCAACAAACAAAUGUUCGACUGAAAUCUGUCUCUAAAAACCUAAAACCGAACGGCUUAAAAACACUAACCACAGAACCUGCUGUCAAUCCACCUCAGAAGGCACCCAAACUACCCUUACCUGCAAAGCCAGUGAAGGCAACAAGAAUAGCAAGGAGAAGAACAUUGGCUCGAAGAAAGUCUACAAGACUUCGAGCUGUUGAGGCUCGGGCCAUGAACCGAGUCAAAAGGUGUUCGCAGAGGCUGAAUUCUAUGAUAGAUUCAUCAAAAAUCCAAGCAGACAAAAAGACAUCAGAAGUAGACAAAGAUCGUGAAAAGUCCUCCUUGAACAAAGUCAACUCUGGUAAAAAUCAAGUCAACGAAUCACCGGAACGAAAAGAAGUUGCUUCUGAAGCGGACAGGAAGCCUCCGAUCGCACCCGACCAAGUGCUGACCAGGUCACAGAAGAAUAUGAAAGCAACGUCGAACGAUAUCUCCAGUCAUGUGACAAAGAUCUCCAAGAUGACAAAGCAGCGUUCUUCUCUCAAGUCCAUCAGGAAGGCUGAGGGAAUCACAAGAAAAGCUGCUGUGAAGAGAAACCGUAACGCCAUGUGGUCGCGUACGAGAGCUCAGGAGCUGCGAGCUCCGCCGGCGAAGCGUACCAGGAUGUCACGGUAAAUCUUGUUUAUUUUAUUACUUUUUAUCUGGAAUCUAUUCAGAAGGACGUCCGAACCAAACUAUGGACUUCAGUAUGCAAAUGCUUUGGAGUGACAAAUAUGUUUGUGGGUGCUUCAGGGACUGCACAAAGAUGAAAUUUCGUUUUUUUUUUUCAAGAAUUUUUGAGUCUAUGGCUUCAAAGUGACACUAAAUAAUUUUCCCUCCAUGUUUUUUUUUUCCCGUCAUCUUAUUGAAAGCUUUGCAGUCUCGGGCCCGCCUUCCAAUCACAGCCGAGUGAUCACGGGACUUUUGUGACCAGGUGCCUUAUUUAUGAAGUUCAAAGAAUGUCUUUCCAAAUGUGAACUCUCCUCUUUUUUUUUUUUUUUUCGUUUUUCCACAGCGUAUGCAAAUAAUUUUCUUGUGUUGACUUACAGUAGCUGACAGGUGUAUUUUUCUACAGCAGUAACUUUAUUUUAGUUGCAUUACGAUAUUUAAACAGAAGUUUGAGUAUUUGUUCCCCCCAUCUGGUGAAGUACAAUACUUUAUUUACUUUAGUGAUCCGUCUUUUUUUGUGGGGGGUGAGGUUUUGAAUUUAAGGUAGAUUGAAGAACUGGGGAGCAGUUUCAGACCAUAGUUGAGGAACGAACCACUUUUCUGUGCACGGAAUGAACACCUCAUGCUAAUAUCCAUGUGUAACUUGUGAAUAACGGUCCCUCUUUGUCGCUCCUCAGGCUCCCUUAAAGAGACACACACACACUUUAUUCUGGAAAAUCUAUCAGUUUUUGGCUUUAACAGAUAAGUUGAUGUUAGUUUAUAUUUUUGGUUAAACCUGCCAGAAAGACCUCUGGAACUCCUCAAAGUACGUACGCAUUAUACUUUCAAACAACCCCCCCGUACUCCACCCUACACGCAGCAUUAGUGGAACAUUCCAUGUUUAAUUAUUCAACUUUGUGAACCCUCUGUGAUACCUUCCGUGCUGGUAGCUGACUAUGGUCAAUUGAAAAAAAAACAAAACAUUUUUUAUUAUCACUGUUAUUUUAUUCUGGAAAUCCUUACAUGUACAGUCUAUGCCGAUCUUGUUUGUGGUCUUUUUUUUUUUUUUUUUAAUUAUUGUUAUUUAAGAGCUGUGCGUCACCUCCUCAAUGUAGCCCAUCUGAACCAGUCCACCAAAUAUUCAAACUUGAACGUGUUUAUUCUCUACACUUGCUAUUUAAGGAUUUUUGGGGGAGGGGAUUUUGUAUAUUAGAGAGAAGUGCUUUAUUUGUGGUAAUCCCAACAAUGAAUCAUCACGUUUAUGUAAAGGUUGUAUUUUUGCUGGAGCUGAUAUAAAGAUGGAAGAAUUUUAUGUGUUUUAUUCGACUCAUUCUCAUUCAAACUUGUAAAGGGUUUUUGAAAAUUUCUAUUUAUUAUUUCUAUUCUUUCAUAAUUUCAACAGUACUCAAUUUUCAAGUUAAACUUAUUUUUUAUUUGUCUCUUUAUGUAAUGUUAGGUAUUACAACAAUUCUCAUGUGUACUUUUCCGUGUAAUAUUACACUACAUGAAACGCAACAUUUAAUAUGAUAUCAAAUAUGAAUUAAAAAAAAAAUCUGCCCUUUGACAAAAGGACCAGCUAACAUCAUAACAGGAAAGAAUGUUGACAGAGACAAAGGAUGGCGACACCUCUCAUUAUCACUGAGUGAGAAUAAGUACCUGCAAGGUACUUUCUCAAAGGAGGAUGCUGCUUGGUAUCUUUGUUUUUCUUCUGUUAACUGCAAGGAAACAUGUUGUGCAGUCAAAAUUGCUUUGCACAAAAAGGGCUUCACAGGCGAAAGCUUCGAAAGGAGGGAGGUUUAAUUGUUGUGAAAAUUUCAGGAAAGAAUUUCAAGAGAACUUUCUCCUCUACAUUUCCUCCGUUAUUCAGUAUGUAAUUUAGCAAUAACAAAAUAAUUUAUCUUGCUUGUGUUGGUAGGACCCCAUGUGGCAUUAUUAAUUACCAUUGCACUAAUGCAUUUAUCACCUUUC